CUCCACCGACGAAACUUGAGUUUAGUCGACGUAGAUCCAUGUGACCGUGUGUCAGACAGCCCAAAAACGGUUCGUGGGGUCUAUAACGUGAGCUCAAAAAUGGAUAGACCUAGCACGAGUCAUCAGUCCGUGGAAAAAAUCGAGGUCUUCGAAGUGAGGGAACAUGUGCCGUAUCAACAAGCGGAAGUGACGCGUGCGCCGACCGUUUACGAUGAAGAGAGUGGUGCCAUGUAUAAUGGGAGCUGGGACUCCGCUUGGAACGCGAUAUGCCAGCUCUUCAACUUGCUGCACCACAUGAUGGUGGCGAUCGUGGUGUUCGUGCUCUGGCACUUCGCUUUGACGUCGGAAUCUAACGGAGGGAUCACCAACUUGUCGCUGCACAUCGUAUUUGCGGGCACUGGUUACCAACUCUUCCUAGUGGAGGCAGUUCUGACGCUGAACAAGCACAACUCCUGGUCAGUCCACAUGUCGGAGGAUGGGAAGCGGAUCGUGCACGGGUGUCUGCAGCUGAUCGGGUCUAUAUUCGUCAUCGCCGGCACUUUCUUGGGCUUGGCUAGGGUUGACAUGGCUGUCACCACCGCUCAUGGCAUUUGUGGAGUGAUCGCGCUAGCAUUCUCAAUGGUGAGCUUCGUAUCCGGCAUCAUAGCGCUAUUCUCUGCCAAGGUGCGUCUGAACAUCAAGAGUAAACCCAUGAGGAUCUUCCACAUAGGCUUCGGCCUCAUCGCAUUAGCCAUGGGCCUCGUUACCAUGACAAUGGGCUUCAAUAUGGACUACUUCAAGGCUUCUAGGGAAAGCCUGUCCAUUGCUCUCAUGGUGUUUGUUCCUACCAUCCUAGUGUACACGAUGUUCCAGCCGAUUAUAGAUAUUAUUAAGAUGGUGAGGAACUUGUGACUAACUAAGACCGUCGAAGGUUCGACCAAUGGCGACAGUACUGCCUAAUUUUGUUUUAUGAAUAGGUUUAAGGUGUCCACUCUUCUGAAAAUAAAUAAUGCAGUUGGUCAUAAGAACUCAAUCAAUCAAGUUUAAAAUGUUUGGCUAUUCAUUUUCCAAAGUAAAUAAGUAUACCUACUUAUAAAUAGAGACAGGUAUGAUUUAUCAUAUCUGUCUCUGAACUUGAAUUUAAUACCUAUGGAUAGACCGACCUGCUUUUGUUAAUUAUUAUUUUAAUAAGAAUUAUUUUGAGUAAGUGGACAGUUAGUUUUAAUGAUAUUUUAAGUUAUUGUUUUUUAAUUUGCAUAAUAAAUAACCAAGAUAACACAUAAAAAUUAUGAGUGAGUGAGAAUAAAAUAUUUGUUGAUGAGAAAUAAUAUCAAAAUUUUACGCGUAACUAUCUUGUUACAUACAAAAAUUUUAUGUUGCGAACAGUAGGUAUUUUGGAUCACUAUAAAAAUUAUUAUUAUCAUUUAAAAAUUGUUAAACUCAGCUCUUUUCACGUAACGUUUUAACUCAUUGCUAAGCUUAUGUACAUAUUUAUGUCUUACUUGUAUUGUUAUGCUAGUAUAAUAAUAUGAAGUAGUUUGUUAGUGGUCUAAUGCCUUUGAGUGUGUGUUUUUGAAUACAUGUUUUUUU